UACUGUUUCCUUUUCUUUGUGCAGAAUCGUCAGUCUCCAGGCGAGGAAGAGACAUAUACCCAAUUGUGGCUUCUAAACGUGGGUCGAAUGAUACAACUUCCUUUAUCCAGGAAACAUCGUUUUGGGUAAAAGGCUCCUAUCUCUUUAAGUUGGGAAGAAAUAAGUCGGUAAAGAGGCAGUAGACCGUGCACAGUUAGUUCCCGUAGAUUUGCUGCGCGAAUUGUCCUGACUGGCGACUCGUAGAGAGCUUUGGGCUUGCUACUUCCUCCGCUCCUGAUUGGCUGCGCGCCGCGCGCUCAAGCGUGCUUGGCGCCUGCGCUGGAUCGCUCCACCGGUAGUGGCGAUGUCCAGCCGGUCUAAGCGGGAGUCUCGUGGUUCCACCCGCGGGAAGCGCGAAUCCGAGUCCCGAGGCAGCUCGGGUCGCGUGAAGCGGGAGCGGGACCGGGAGCCCGAGGCGGCAAGCACCCGGGGCAGCCCGGUGCGCGUGAAGCGGGAGGUCGAGCCGGGGAGCGUGCGGGAGGCCCCGGCGCCCGCAGUCCCGGCUGUGCGUGUGAAGCGGGAGCGCGAGGCCGACGAGGACUCGGAACCCGAGAGGGAGGUGCGAGCAAAGAAUGGCCGUGUUGAUUCUGAGGACCGGAGGAGCCGCCACUGCCCAUAUCUGGAUACCAUUAACAGGAGUGUGCUGGACUUUGACUUUGAGAAACUGUGUUCUAUUUCCCUCUCACAUAUCAAUGCAUAUGCCUGUCUGGUGUGUGGCAAGUACUUUCAAGGCCGGGGUUUGAAGUCUCACGCCUACAUUCACAGUGUCCAGUUUAGCCAUCAUGUCUUCCUCAAUCUCCACACCCUCAAGUUUUACUGCCUUCCAGACAACUAUGAGAUCAUCGAUUCUUCACUGGAGGAUAUCACGUAUGUGUUGAAGCCCACUUUCACAAAGCAACAAAUUGCAAACUUGGACAAGCAAGCCAAAUUGUCCCGGGCAUAUGACGGUACCACUUACCUGCCGGGCAUCGUGGGGCUGAAUAACAUAAAGGCCAACGAUUAUGCCAAUGCUGUCCUUCAGGCUCUGUCUAAUGUUCCUCCUCUCCGGAACUACUUCCUGGAAGAAGACAAUUAUAAGAAUAUCAAGCGGCCUCCAGGGGAUAUCAUGUUUUUGUUGGUUCAGCGUUUUGGAGAGCUAAUGAGAAAGCUCUGGAACCCUCGAAAUUUUAAGGCACAUGUCUCUCCCCAUGAGAUGCUUCAAGCUGUUGUCCUUUGCAGCAAGAAGACUUUUCAGAUCACCAAACAAGGGGAUGGAGUCGACUUUCUGUCUUGGUUUCUGAAUGCCCUGCAUUCGGCUCUGGGGGGCACAAAGAAGAAAAAGAAGA